AUGGAAAAAAAAUUCAUAUGUCGUUGUGGAAAAAAUUAUGAAAGAAAUGCCUCUUUAUUUAAUCACAUAAGAUUGAAACAUAACAACGACAAAAAAAACUUUAACUUAACAAAUACUAAAGUUGGAAGACCACUUGAUUCGAAAAAUCUUAGAAAAAAGCCUAAAAAAACCCCAGCUAAAUAGCUAGCCUGUAAAUGUGGAAAAGUUCUUAAAGGCGAAGGCUCUCUUUCUAACCAUAUAAGAAUUAAGCAUAAUAAUAUAAUAAUGAUCCUUAAUUUUAAAUAUAAAAAAAAUAAUAAGGAAGAAAAAAAGGUCCUCUAAUUGCAUCAGUUAGUGAAAACAAUAAUCAGGUGA